AUGAAGACCGUUAAAGCGCGCGGGGACAGUAGGUAUCACCAGCACUGCUCGUACUGCAGUCGCGUCAAGUUCAUCGACUCGUCAACCAGCUUCCCACCACGUGUACCGAACCGCGGAGUCGUGGCAACAUGUAUCGGCUGGCGGCGCGUCUGUACGCACUUCCGCAAGCGGCAACUCGAGAGUUUUGUUAACCAGGUGCUCAAGGCUGCGAAGGACCUGUCGUACCGCACUGGACGGGGGCAGUGCGAGCGAUUCCUCGCAGUUUCGCAUAUCCUUAACUCGUUUUUGUCAGCACCAAAUAUGCUCGCGACGGAGAGCGUGUGGUAG